AUGGUUAUUCCAAGUGAUGGCAGAUUAGCAUUGAGAAGACUGGGAGCUCUAUGUGAGCUGCUUAAAGGGCUAAAUACAAGAGGAUAUGAGGUUACAUUGGUGACUUCAUGUGGAGUUGGUCUUGGCAAGAAACGAUUAAGAUAUCGCAGAUUGGCCAAUAAUAGCUUUUCUGAUCUUCAAAAUCCACAAUAUGAACUUGAUGGAAAAGCAUGUGCAGCUGUUGGACAGAGUAGUCUCAUGGCUCUCUAUGAUAUCAUGUUUAGUCAGCUUGAUGUGACUUCAUCGCAACUUGUGAAUGAUAAUGUUGUUUCGAGUUCUCCGACGGCUACUCAAAAUGUCGUUUCGGUCUUAACCCCAUCCCACAUCGAUUUCAAACACCUAGUCGAUAAUGUUGAUGUUUUGUCUUUGUCACUUGGUGGAUCUGCUUCUAAUUUUUUUUAA